AAUUGGACGGUCAGUGUUGCUGAUUGAAAAAGCUUCUGCUGCCUCAAAAGGUCUUUCUGGACAGCUAGUCAGCUACAGUAUCCAAGUGGGAAAAACAAUAAACCUGCAGCAACAGCCUAAACAGCUCCAGCCAACUGUCAUCUGUACCGAUCACAAUCGAAAACAAACAGGGUCUAAGUAACAUUUGAGGUCGUCUAUCUGGGCCCUAGUUUGUCCAAACCCAUGCCGGUAUGACUUGCUUGCCAGGCCUGGUUUGCCAAGGCUAGAUCGGCCCAUACUCCGGCCUUUCAGUUCAUCAUCACUUGUCCGUUUUCCUCUGACGACACCCCGAGCCCGAAGAGGCGACUCGUUCCCCUCCCUCUGGCGAUCUGUCUCCUCUGCUCCCCGUGCGUCGAGCCGUCGAGGCUUGGAGGUCUCAUGGUACCCGAUCCCCCCUCCCCGCUGCAGAGAAACAAGCAGCCGGCAAAGCAGAUGAGCAAGUCCUCCUCGCAUCGGCCGAGCAAGUCAUCGACACCAUCCCACGCUCCGGGACGGUUAACUCUGAGUCUGACCAGCCCCUUCGCGUCGCCGCUGCUUCUCUUACUUACGGCCGCCGCCGCCGCCGCUGUGUUCCUCUACUCCCUGACCGCCGCCCGCUCGUACGGGGCCCGCGGGGAGGCUCCUCCGCUCUCCUCCCCGACGGUGGAGACCAUGGAGAGAGCGCGCGCCAUCUGGGAGCUACCCGCCGCGGGGCCGGCCAGGGCGGUCCUCUUCGUCGCCCACGGCUGCCGCUGCCGCCCGGAGAACUUCUGGCCGCCGUCCCCGCGCUGCCCGGGGUGCGUCGGCCUGCCAGAGGACGUCGCCAUCACGGACCGCGCGCUGCGGAGGCGGUUCGCGGUGCUGGCCGUCGCGAGCGCCGGGGAGUGCUGGUCGCCGGGGAAGGAGGUCGACGUCGCCAAGCGGGUGAUCCGGUCCUGGGCCGCCAAGAACGGGCUCGAAGGCCUGCCGGUAGUCGCCCUCGGCGCUUCGUCCGGCGGGUACUUCGUGUCCAGGCUGGCGGCCAAGAUGAGCCUCGCCGCCGUCGUGAUUAUGAUCGCCGAGGGCGCGUUCGGCAGCUCAGCUGGCGCGCUUCCGGCGGUUUACCCUCCCGCGAUGUUCAUCCACAUGCCGAAAGAUAAGCGGAGGGCAGUGCUGGUGGAUAAGAAUUCCAAGAUGCUGAUGAAGAAUGGCGUUGAGGUGAAGGAGCUCCAGAGCCUCGAGCUCCCUUUGACGCCUACUCUGCUUUCCGAGAGGAUACCUGGGCUGGACCGCGGGCUAUCAGAAAGGAUCUGGACAGUGUUCAGGGAAGAAGCUUUCGUUGAUGACAAAGGAUACAUGAAAGAGGAUGGCCGGGAAACGCCAUGGAAGGAUGCAUUGGUCAAGAGGGGCCUCUGGGAAGAGGUGUCUGCGUUGGCUGAUCACAUCCAGGAAGAGCUAAAUCUUGCUUAUGGAUACCACGAGAUGACGAGCUUACACGCUGAUGAGAUGUUUGAUUGGGUUGACAAGCACUUGAGAUGAGGGGGCUAUGGUGGAUCAUUUCAGCAUCGGUGCAGCUUCUAUUAAACUAGUUGGAGAAAUGUAGGGGAAUGAAAAUCAUAAACUGGUGACACAGAAGACACGCACAACAUAUCCAUCCUAACAUUCGGAUGAACUGACUUUAUUAUGUGAAAUGUGUCGUGUUCACUACUUCCAGCUUGCUCUUGUGCAAUGGAUUUGUGAAAAGAAGUGUGGAGUCUGGAGACAAUGGUCAAUGACGAAGUUCAUAUGGGUUCAUGUCGAGGGAUCAAAAGCGAUGAAGGACGAACAUUGGGUCUUGAUCGAGGACCUAGAGAAGCCAGAUGAGUAGCCAUGGCGACUGACACCUAGGAACAAUGACAGACGCAAGGACAUGGAGAAGUGGAUCAUAUAUCGUCAACGUGGUUGGGGGCGGUGGGGCACAUGUCAAGGAUGUGGGGUGCGUACGGUACCCAUGAGGAUUUUGGUCGUUGAGCCUCAAAACCAGACAACACAACAAUUCACGGGUUUCACCGAAUUUGAGCCUCAAAACCCGACAACACGGUUCUAAAGGAAAUCGAAGGCGCAUGUGGUGUCAGCGCGAAAGGUUGCGUUGAGGUGAACCAACUUCGUGAAGAGUGUGUGGUCGUCAGAUAAAGAAAUCCAAGAUUUGGUCCAUUUUGAUCCUGUAUGAGUGGAUAGACUUUAUGUAUCUAUGAAUAGUUUAUGAAAUAUGAAUAACCCUAUAUAAAUAGGAGGAGAGAGUUGAACCGUUGAACUAUCUCUCUAACAUCUUCCUAGCUUGUAAUCUUCAUUUUCCUUCUCAUUUAGUUAGGAAAUCCUUAGAUGCUUUGAACCUUGAUAUCUAAGUUCAUGCAAUAUU